AUGGCAUUUACCAAUUACCUGUACCUUUUUGUUAAUCGGGCUUCCAAAAAUUUUGCUGAUCCCUUUGCCCUCUGUCCAUAUUGUGGAGCACCGGCUGUUCCCUUCACCAUAACCGUCCCAACGAACAACGUGGAACUCCAUCUCUUUUCCGAUGGAUCUAGCGUACUUGAAGGCUUCGAAUUUACUUAUGAGAGUAUCGAGGCUUAUUUUUGUGAUCCUACAAUUAUAGAUGUCACAGAUACACAAGGAGAAAUUGUUGUCCGUAAUUCCCUAGACUUACCAAUGACCUGUACUUGGAAAAUGGCCAUGCCAGUCGGGACAAUCCUAAGGUUGACAUUCAUCGAGUUCGACCUCGGGGCAUGUUGCUCUUGCGCAUAUAUAACCAUUCUCGACAACGAAUUUACUGACUCUCCUUUAACUGGAUCUGCCAUAUGUGGCACCACUAUUCCUCGACGCAUACCUGGAACGAUCAGCAACUCUUUAGACAUUACGUUUUACACAGAUGGGUCAGCACAGCAUCCUGGAUUUAAGAUCCAAUAUGAAAGGCCAUUGCCCAGAGAAACCAAGUGCAAAGUAAUCAAAGGCAUUCCUACUUUUAAGCCAAAUGGUAAGAACAGUGACAACUUUGGUUGUCACCAGGGGCACGAAGCAUCCACUAUUUUGAUAGCAGCAGAAGCAGGGGGCUAUCCCCAAUAA